UCGGCAAAACGGAGCGUUCUUUCAGCUGACAGAUCAGGGUGCUGUCAAUGUCAAAUCUAAAAGUGUUUGUCAUUGUCAUUGUCAGAUUACGAUUAAAUUCAACAACAAAUCGUGAAAGAUUUCCGUGAAUUAUUAAUUCUAUCAAAAAUAUCUCGUUUUCCAAUCUGAGAUAAAAAUCUCAACAAAACCAGACUUUUUAACAUAUUCAUGCUCAUGUAACAAACUCCUCACGUCAUUGCUUUAUUAUUUCGUAUAAAAACCAUUUGCGAAAGUCGGUCCUUUAUUGUUUAUCGUUUGUUCCGCGAUUUAUUUGUAUUUGUGGUGUAUUUCUGGCCUAUAAAGAGGUCAAUAACUUUUCUGUGAACACUUGUAAUAAGAGUACAUAAUAUAUUGUUUGAAGAGAAGAUGAAAUGAACAAAUAGGAUGGCAACAGAAUGCGAAACAUCGGAGAUGUUGGCCACCGAAGCAGAAAAAGAGGGCGCGCAGGAGCUGGUGGGCGUGCGCGUGCCGAUCAAUGGCAUGACGUGCCAGUCGUGCGUGCGCAGCAUCGAGGGCUCCGUGCGAGACCUGCCCGGCAUACACCACGUCAAGGUGGAGCUGUCGGAGCACGCCGGCUACUUCCGGUAUGACCCGCGCGUGUGCUCCGUGGAGGCCAUCCGCGCGCACAUAGAGGACAUGGGGUUCGACGCGCCCGCCGGGACAGCUGACGACGAGACCAGAAACCUCCUUCCACGAGAAAUCCCCACCGACCUCCUGAUCGACAUGACGGGGUCCGGGCCGCCCCGCGAGAGCACGGCGCUCGUGUCCGUCAUCGGCAUGACCUGCCAGUCCUGCGUCAACACUAUUGAAGGCAGUCUGAGAGAGAUGCCGGGCGUGCUGCUAGCCACAGUGAGCCUGGCCGACAACACGGCGCUAAUCAAGUUCGACCCGUCGGCCGCCAGCGCCAAGCAGCUCGCCGACGCGAUAUACGCGCUGGGCUUCGAUGUCAACAUCAUCAGCGUUGACGACGACGUUGCAGUUUCAGAUGUUUCACAAAGCAAAAGCGAACAAGGAUCGGGUGAUAGGAUCAAAAUGUCACCCGCGAAAAGCAGAACACAAGUUAAUGGUACCGCGUCACCCAUGUCGGAGGGCGCGGAGAUAUCGCGCUGCACGCUGGAGGUGCGCGGCAUGACGUGCGCGUCGUGCGUCGCCGCCAUCGAGAAGCAUUGCUCCAAGAUGCACGGAGUCCACUCAAUAGUGAUAGCGUUACUGGCAGCCAAGGCGGAGGUGCGCUACGAGCCCGCCAAGGUGUCCGCCGCCGCCAUCGCCGAGUCCAUCACGGAGCUGGGCUUCCCCUCCGAGCUGAUCAGCGACAGCGGCGCGCCCAAGGAUCUCACGUUAAUGAUCAAAGGCAUGACGUGCGCGUCAUGUGUCAACAAGAUCGAGAAGGCUGUACUUAAGCUGACCGGCGUGGUGUCCUGCUCCGUCGCGCUCACCACCUGCAAAGGCAAAGUGAAGUACGACCCCGAGAUAAUCGGCGCGCGCAAGAUCUGCGACACCGUGUGCGAGCUGGGCUUCGAGGCGAGCGCCGUCAGCGCGCACAACAAGGGCGCCGCCAACUACCUGGAGCACAAAGAAGAAAUAAGGAAAUGGCGGAACGCGUUUCUCAUAUCGCUGAUAUUCGGCGCGCCGUGCAUGGCCGCCAUGACGUACUUCAUGGUGCUGAUGGGCCACGAGCACGACCCGCGCCACAUGUGCUGCGUGCUGCCCGGCCUCAGCCUGGAGAACCUGCUCAUGUUCCUGCUCGCCACGCCAGUGCAGUUUAUCGGCGGGUGGCACUUCUACAAGCAGGCGUACAAGGCGCUCAGUCACGGCACCUCUAACAUGGACGUGCUCAUCUCUAUGACCACCACUAUCAGCUACGCGUACUCGCUGGCGGUGGUGGUAGCGGCGAUGUCGCUGCAGAAGGACACCAGCCCGCUCACGUUCUUCGACACGCCGCCCAUGCUGCUGGUCUUCGUGUCUCUGGGCCGCUGGCUCGAACACAUCGCUAAGGGUAAAACCUCUGAAGCACUGUCAAAACUGCUAUCAUUGAAGCCGACUGAAGCUGUGCUAGUAACACUGGACCAGGAAGGUCGGGAGGUCGCUGAGAAGAGUAUACCAGUGGACCUCGUGGAAAGAGGGGACAUUUUGAAGGUAGUGCCCGGCGCCAAGAUCCCGGUGGACGGGAAGGUGAUCACUGGCCAGAGCACGUGCGACGAGUCGCUCAUCACGGGAGAGUCCAUGCCCGUCGCCAAGACUAAAGACUCGCUGGUGAUAGGCGGCAGCAUCAACCAGCACGGCGCGCUGCUGAUGCGCGCGACGCACACGGGCGAGGCGAGCACGCUGGCGCAGAUCGUGCGCCUCGUGGAGGACGCGCAGAGCUCCAAGGCGCCCGUGCAGCGGCUCGCCGACACCAUCGCCGGUUACUUCGUUCCAAUGGUGGUGUUCCUGUCAGCAUUGACCCUGGUGUGCUGGGUCAUCAGCGGCGCGCUCGACAUCAACAGGAUCAAAGCUAUCACGCCGAAAAUCUACCUCGACUCUGGUUUCUCCGACUGGGAGCUGAUCAUCCAGACGGCGUUCCACUUCUCGCUGUCGGUGCUGGCCAUCGCGUGCCCGUGCGCUCUGGGGCUAGCCACGCCCACCGCAGUCAUGGUCGCCACGGGCGUGGGCGCCAAGCUGGGGCUGCUCAUCAAGGGGGCUGAACCCUUGGAGAACGCCCAUAAGGUCAAAACAGUGAUCUUCGACAAGACCGGCACGAUCACCCGCGGCAGCGCCAGCGUGGCCCGAGUGUCGCUGCUGACCGGCGAGCCGGCCUCGCUGCCCGAGGUGCUGGCCUGCAUACAGUCCGCCGAGCUGAACUCGGAGCACCCUCUAGCGUCAGCGAUCGUGCAGUGGUGCAGCAGCGUGGUGGGCGCGGCGCGCGCGGCGUGCGGCGGGUUCGCGGCGGUGCCGGGCUGCGGCCUGCGCGCCAAGGUCACGCUGCGCCACGCCGUGCAGCCGACGCCGCAGAUGCGCGCCGCGCUGGCCAACGCGAGGGAAGGCGCGACGAUCCACCUGCAAGGCGUGCCCGUGGAGAUAGUGGGCGGCGGCGGCGACGCGGCGCUCAGCUCGGCGCAGGCGGCGCAGCGGCUGCACGCCGUCAUACGACCGCACGGCGCGGACCAUGAGGAGGUGGAGCAGCUGGUGCUGAUCGGCAACCGCGAGUGGAUGGCGCGCAACGGCGUGGCGGUGCCGCGCCGCGUGCACGAGAUGCUACUGCGCGACGAGGAGCUGGGCCGCACCGCCGUGCUGGCCGCCAUCAACGACCAACUGGUGUGCACGAUCGGCGUGUCGGACGAGGUGAAGUCGGAGGCGCACCUGGCGGUGUACUGCCUCAAGCGCGCCGGCCUCGAGGUGUGUCUGCUCACCGGCGACAACAGGAAGACUGCCGUGGCGAUCGCGAGACAGGUGGGGAUCACCAAAGUGUACGCUGAAGUGCUGCCCUCACACAAAGUGGCAAAAAUACAGAAGCUCCAAGAAAAGGGGCAGAAAGUCGCUAUGGUGGGUGACGGCGUCAACGACUCGCCGGCGCUGGCGCAGGCGGACGUGGGCAUCGCCAUCGCUAGCGGCACCGACGUCGCCGUGGAAGCCGCCGACUUGGUGCUCAUGAGGAAUGAUCUGUUAGACGUGGUGGCGUGUCUGGAGCUGUCUCGCACCACGGUGAGGCGGAUCCGCCUCAACUUCCUGUUCGCGUCCGUGUACAAUCUGCUCGGCAUCCCCCUGGCGAGCGGCGCCUUUGCGCUGUAUGGCUUGCAGUUACAGCCGUGGAUGGCGUCGGCGGCCAUGGCGAUGAGCUCCGUGUCCGUGGUGUGCUCCAGUUUGUUGCUCAAAACAUUCAACAAGCCGUCACCAGAACAGCUGCGCACGACGGAGUACCUGCAGUCCAUACACCUGGAGGACCUGGAGUCCGUGUCCGUGCACCGCGGCCUGGACGAGAAGGUGGACCCCAUCGACAGAGGGACGGCGUUAGCCAAACUGUUCCAUCGCAGCAAAUCAAGCAACGGCCGCCUGCUGCAAGAGGAAGACGACUUGCUCACCGUGUCUUUCAUUCCCAAGCGGCCCACGCGCGACCAGCCGAGCCUCAACGGGUGAUCUCAGCUAUAUGAUCAUAAGUGAUAGAUGUAGUUUCGUUACAGUAUAUACCGCCAUUUUGUUUUGGACAAUACAGUGUUGCUGUGAAAUGUGUGAGCAGCGGAGUAUAUCGGCCGCUCUUUCUAACUUUAAUUUGUAGUACGAGAUCCGGCAUAAGAAAUAAUACACCAUAAUCUGUUAUUUAAUUAGGAUAAGAAAUAAAUGGUAGAUAAUGUUCAAAGUGACAUAAUGCAAAAAUGUUGCCUAUUGAAAUUGCGCCCGGUGAGUAUUAAAUGAUUAUUUUUUUUUAAAUUAAUUUAAUUUCCUUCCAUCAUUAGUUAAUUAAAAAAAUCGUACACUAGUAAUAGAAUAUACCCAUCAGAAUUGAAAACAUAAAGGUUGCCUGCUUUCACACUGCAACUGUGGGGUUGCCAGAUAUAAACAGUUAAGUCAUGUUAUUUGUAUACCCUCAUCAGUUAUUUAGUCGUUUAAUAUGUCAAAUGAAAGCUUAUGUUACGUUUAAUUUAACUGUGUUUAGUUGUCUUUGACCUAGUUCAUGGUUUCCUAGAUUUUGUAUGAAAAAUGUGUUUGGGCGAAAUUCAACUAGACAACCUAUUUGCAAUGUGUCACUGUGAAACUUAUCUAUCAUUUAUUACAUUGCACUAACAUGUGGAAUAACAGAUGAGGGUAUAUAUUUCUUAGGUCGGAUCUCGUACUAUAUGUGUUGUGGCAGCGUGUAGUGUAGUACCGAUAGCGACCGUGUCGAUAAUGUUAUCGACAUGCUAGGAAUGAAUGAAGGAGCCGGCUGCUUUAUUACACAGGUCAACAGUUUUAAUGACCUUUGUUAAACGGUUUCGGUGAUAUUUUUUAAAGUUAUAUAACAAACUGAAUAAUUACGGAAAAGUUCAAGAAGGUUGAAUUUCUAAGGUAAAAAUACGAGAGCAGAAUUAAAUAUAAGCAUUGUAAAUACUCCAGUAAACAUAAAACUGGCUGUAAUCCAGAAUUUUUAUGAAUAUAUUUGUAAACUAUGGAUUUGACAUUAUUUCGUUAGAAAGUGCAUAUAUAUUUGCGAGCCAACGACAUACACAUAUUUAUUGUUAUUUUGCCGUGUUAUCGAUAUGAUACUGUUGGCACGUGUACAUAACUACACUCGUAGGUAUGUACCUAUAUUAUUUGUGACUACCCGCAGCUAGUAUAUUCCCGUCACUAUUGUUAAAGGGAAUGCGUGGUAGGAAAUUUGUAAAAUCAUCCACAAUAAAUAGAGUCAAAUGGCUCGUUAUGUAGGUGCAAAAAUAAGUAGGUUCUUUGCUAAUGUCGACUAACCGCAAGAUUAUAUUUCAUGGGAUGGUGUAGUUUAGAUUAUAUGUAUGAUCUAAAACUAAAAAGAAUAUUAUUUGCUUUAAAUAAUUGCCAUGGCUCUGUUUGGUACAAUACACGUACCUGAUUAGAAAGUGUAGCAUCAACUGUCAAUGGCCCAGUCUUCAUUGCUAUGUGUGUGUAUAUUUAUUAGUAUUUAUCGCGAACAAACAUUUUCUACUAUUUUAUACUGUAGAUGUGUCUCUCGCGAGUCGAAACUGAGGCGCACAAAAGUGACUAAUUGUCUUAAUUUCAUUUAGUCCCAUUGUAAACAUAAACAACGAAACUUAUUGAAACAAACAUUAUCUAAAUAUUAUCUAUGUGUAAUAUAAGUGUUUUCAGGAAGUGUAAAAAAAUGUAUAUACAAAAGUAUAUAAUGUAAGUAAAUAUGUACAAACAAAUUUUUGCAUGUGUGCGCUCAGUGGUGUAGCUAAAUUCGGCUCACUUUUUUGCGAGGAUUUUGUAAGCACGUAACAUAUUCAAUAAUAGAAAAUCUUUGUUUGCAACGUAAUCGAGGCUAAGUUACCAGUAUUUUUAAAUAUUAAUUUAUCUGUACACGAGUCCAGAAUAGUAUCACGUUAUAUAACAUGUGAUAUGUGACGUAUUCAUAUUUCUAUAUAACAUAUUGACAUAUAACAAGUCUGCUUUGCAUUACAAUAAAGUAUUUUGUAUAUGAAAUCGCAUAAAUGACACUGAUUUAUUUUAAUAGAUAAACGUAUUUACUCACUUGUACAUACAUUUCAAAUUAAAAUAUAUAUCCAAUGAUAUUUUAUACUAGAGACGGGGCGAUAGUGCAUCAAAACUGAGGCGGACAAAUAUGGAAAACUGACUUAAUUUCAUUUAGUCGAUUACUAAACAACGAACGUUAUUUAAACAAAUAAUACCUAAAUAUCGUCUACAAUGUCGAGUUGUGUGUUCAGGAAGUGUAAAAACUAUUAAUAUAUAAUGCAAUUAAAGACAAAAUUGUGCAUGUGUGCGCUCAGUGGUGUAGCUAAAUUCGGAUCACUUUUUGCGGUGAUUUUGUGGGGACGUAACCGAUCUAUAGUAUAAAAUUAUCAUUGUAAUCCAUAAAUGGAAUUAAGCCUGGGAUUUUUUACGUGAGAAACCAAUUAUAAUCAUUUCAAAUAAGUCAGUUGUAGAGAAUUAGAAUAAAAUAUUAUUUUUUAUAAAUAAAAAAAAUGUAAUGUAUAAAAAAGAAUCGCCCAAAGACUUGUAAAUAAAUAAAACUUAUUUUUGCUAUUACAAAAAUCUCUCGAAAUCUAAUUUUAAACAUGGUAAAAAGUUAUUAUUUUUAACUGGUAGUUGCUCAAACUCAACAUAUUUAUUUACGUAUGUUUUUAAUACAGCGAGGUUUGAGUAGAAUGCUACAAUAAUUAUUUUGUUUGUCCUGUCUGUACAUAUACUCGUAAAUUUAGCUUUAUACUAUUCUUCCCUACCCACUGUUUAUAAUGUGCUGGAUUAUGUAUAAUCCCCCGAUAAGUUGCUUAGCAAAUUUGGUAGUGGACAACUAAAUUGCCAUUUAUAUUUCAGCAGAUUGGCAUAUUAAAAACUGCAAUUAGGUCCUUCAUAUUAAUGUUUUUUAUCAUUUUAUGUACAAUGUUUAUAUUCUUUGCUAUAAGUCAUUUAUUUUCGAAUUCUUUAAUUUUAUAGAUAUUUAAGGAUGUAAAUUAUGUAAAAAUGUUAAAUAUAUUUUUAAUAGAAUAUAAACAAUAACGAUUCAAUUGCUGUAUAGCUUAUAUUACUGUCCUAUAUGGAACAGAAAAUUUCAAUCAUUUUUUCGAGAUAAAAAUGUAUAUAUUUAUAGCAACCAUAGACUUAUAAAAUAGGCAGACGGUAUCUCGCUGUCAAACAACUGAAGCACCAUAAUUACGCAGAGUGUGUGAGUGUGAUAUGUAUUGCCAGAUAUGAAAAAACAAAUGGAUGUGAAUUUAUGCAAAUAUACCAUGCAUUUGGUGAUAAUGAUGAAAAGAUGAUUGAAACUAAAUUUCAUACAACGUACUUUGUAGUUUGUGUAUAUUAUGUAUAUUGAGAGAUAGAAAGAGAUGAAAAAUAGGCUCUUUCAAGGCGGAUUUACAUUUGUCUGACAUAAAGUGACGUGACGCAUCAGAACAGAAU